CCAAAUGAUUCUGAUAUCUAAGCCUAAGCCAAUACAGGCCCAGCUCCUAGCCCAUUGUUGGUUGUCUUUGUCCCCAGCCAACUACAUCCAAGCUAAAGAUGGGUCGGUUCCUCAACAUAAACCUGUGUGUGAAUCACCUGGGAGGGAGGACAUUAAGACUGUUCUGCAAGCUCAGGUACCUCAUAACUAUCCUUAGAACCUUCCCUCACCUGGCCAAGACACCCCUAGCCUUGGACUUCCGUAGCUGCUCCUUGCCUUCCUCUCCCCUGCCUCCCAGCUUUGCCAGGAAAGGAGCCCGCAAGAGCUUGAGGUUCAAACACAUUAGCUUGACCGCUGAGUACCCCCUUGAGGGUGGUACCAGAGGGGUGAGAUACUCCCAGGCGGCCCGUGUCUACUCAACCUCUAGUAGGGAUGUGUUGAAGGCUGAGGCCCCCAUCGGGGUCCUUCAUGAGGACAGCCUUCAGGAGGACAGCCAGACAUCCUUUCAGUUGAGCAUGCUUUGUCUGGGUGAUUCUUUUAAUCGCCUCUCCAGACACAUCAAUAUUUACUUCAAGAGAAAGGAUGUGACCCAGCUGUCCUCUGUUGCUGGGAAUGUGGGGUUUGUUGUCACAACUCAGGAGAGUCUGGGAAGCAGGCCACAGAGGCGUAGUCAAAGUAACAGGGCAGCCAGGGAGGACAGUGAGACAACAACACAGCAGCCUUUGGAAAAUGAAAACGAUCUUGAGACGUCAGACAGCCAGACAGAGACAAGCUCCGCCCCCCAGCGAUAUGGUGGACUGCAGUUAUUUCACAUCAGUUCCAUUGCCUCCAGGUUUGGGGAAAGUUACAGUUAUGUUGCUCAUCACAUAAACUCAUCACAUGAACACCUAAAGUCAGUGUUCACCAAAGGUUCGGCACAGGACGUCCUAGGUUCGACUCUGGAAGAGACUCUGGAGGAUCUGGCUUCAAGCAGAGUGUCGACCGGGAGGAUGAGGAGGAGGAAAACACUAAAAAUCAGUUACAUUGAAAGUGUAAAGGAACCUGAAACGGCUCAUUUAAAGACUAGUGCAGCUGUAGCUCAGACCACAGCCAUUCAGAAACCAGUCAUUGAACGUGCUGAUAUCUCCAACAACUGGGAGGGAGAGGCAGAGGGCUACCUUCACUUUGCUCAGCACGUCAACAGAUACUUUGGAGCCAAAACCGUUACAGACGAAACUGAACUACCACCACCUCAAACAGAACAUCUGGUUGCGGACCACAUGCCAAACAGCAGGACGUAUCAACAGCAGUGUUCUAAAUAUUCUACCUCCAGACAUGAACAAUCAGCCACAGGGCUAAAGCAGGAAGAUCCACCCAUCCGUCCCAAAUCCCUUUUCCACAUCAGUAACAUCACAACCAGUUUCGGUGAGAACUAUGCAUACAUGGCUAAUUACGUCAACAGCUAUUUCAAGGGCAGCUAUGAUGCCGUGGAGGAGGAGGAGUUAGAAAGAGGUCCCAUUGAGGAACGCAGGGGAGAAUGGGAGAUGGAGUAUGGAUCCGUUAGGGUCCCGAAACCACAGCCUGCUGUAUCCUUCAUGGAGUGCCUUCUUAAUCCCAGUAGUGCCAUCCCCAGCCUCCUGGGGGGGUAUCUGGGGGGCUCCUGGGCUCAGAGCAACCAGGCCCAUCCUGCCUCUAUGCUCAGUGAGGCCACACUUAGAAGAAUGGUGAUGGGCAGGAGACAGGCAGAGGAGAUGACCCGUGCUUUGGUGUCCAGUCUACAACAGGCCUUCUCUCCUGAGGCCAUCACCGAAGUUGUCGAUGAGCUCAACACACACCUUAUCCGACACCCAGGAUGCAAAGCAGUGGUCUGGCAGGAGAAAGCUGCUGUUCAGCUCUUAAGACAGCGGCGUAGCCAUAGAGAAGACCAGGAACUUCAGUGUGUCAUUAGGGAAACCUUGGCUCUGAUUGGCUAUGUGGAUCCAGUCAAAGGUCGUGGAAUCCGAGUGCUCUCAAUCGAUGGUGGUGGCACAAGAGGGGUGGUGCCACUGCAGGUCCUCAAGCAGCUGGAAGCGGAAACAGGCAAGCAGGUUCACCAGCUGUUUGACUACAUCUGUGGAGUGAGCACAGGGGCAGUGUUGGCCUUCAUGCUUGGCCUGGCCCGUUUCUCUCUAGAGGAGUGUGCAGAUAUGUACCGUCGUUUUGGCUCGGAUGUGUUCCGUCAGAACCCCUUGGUGGGCACAGUGAAGAUGGGCUGGAGUCACUCCUACUACAGCACCGAGACCUGGGAGAUGAUACUGAAAGAGAAGAUGGGCGACCAAGUUCUGAUUAAAACAGCCAGGGAUGAGUUGAGCCCCAAGGUGUCAGCGGUGAGCGCCGUGGUGAACUGGGGGACCAGUCCCAAGGCCUUUAUCUUCAGGAACUACAACCACAGCCCAGGCCGUCUCAGCCGCUAUGCAGGGGGUUCUGGGUACCAGAUGUGGCAGGCGGUGAGAGCGUCGUCCGCUGCCCCGGGAUACUUCCAGGAAUUCCCCUUACACAGUGACAUCCAUCAGGAUGGUGGCCUCAUUCUAAACAACCCUUGUGCCCUCGCCGUCCACGAGAGCCGUCUCCUGUGGCCCAACCAGCCUUACCAGUGUGUCCUGUCGCUCGGCACCGGUCGCUAUGACAAUGCUAAGCGGAGCCCGGGCACCUCCACCAGCCUGCGUGCCAAGAUCAACCACCUGAUCUGCAGUGCCACCGACACCGAGGGGGUCCACACCCUCCUGGACGACUUGUUGGCCCCAAACGUCUACUUCAGGUUCAACCCCAUGCUGAGUGCCGAGGUAUCCCUGGAUGAGAGCAGCGUCAGGGCCAUGGAGCAGCUGCAGGCUGACACCCAGGUCUACCUGGACAGGAACAAGCCCAAGAUGGCCAGGCUGUGUAAGGUGCUGGGGCAGGAGCGCACUGUGCUGAGCCACACCAAGGACUGGGUCAGUGAGAGAGCCUGGGAGAUGCAGCAGAGCUGGGUUUGAGGGUCCUAGGUCACAGGUCACAGGUUAGGUUUUAUUACUCAGUGCCUGUAGUUUUACCCUGUUUUUAUUUUUAAAACGUUUUAGCAAACUGAGGAUGCACUCCUUUAUGGAAUAUCGUUAAGUGUAUUUGCACUUCCAGACCUGGGUUCUAUUACCAUUUAGGGUAUUUCAAUUACUUUUAAAGACAUGUGGAAGUAAGUAUUUCAUUUUUUGUAAAAACAAAUUUAAGACAAGUAGUUGAAUAUUGGAAUUUAUUUGGAAAUACACUUGGAAAUUAUUUGAAAAUACUAAAAUACACUCCCAUUCAUUUAACUAAAGGUAUUUGAAAAUACUAAAAUACACUCCCAUUCAUUUAACUAAAGGUAUUUGAAAAUACUAAAAUACACUCCCAUUCAUUUAACUAAAGGUAUUUGAAAAUACUAAAAUACACUCCCAUUCAUUUAACUAAAGGUAUUUGAAAAUACUAAAAUACACUCCCAUUCAUUUAACUAAAGGUAUUUGAAAAUACUAAAAUACACUCCCAUUCAUUUAACUAAAGGUAUUUGAAAAUACU